GCGGCUCUCUCUGUCACCGUGUCCCGUCCUAGUAGCUAGGAGCGACCACGGAAAUACGUGCGAUACCACGCGGAUUUUCCAGCCUCUCCAUCCCGUCGAUUCCGGUUACUAGUGGGCAAGGAGCGGGGAGUAACUGAGAAGUGCGCCGCUAAUAUUCGUUGCUGCGGCCAUUACGCGAGCGGCCAAGGGCGAGCGACCGUUGUGCGUCCCAGUUGGAUCUGAUUAACUCGUGAUUGAAGGACCAGAUUGAACCGUGAUUACGCUAUUCCUUCGUUAUUCAACGUCGUACGACCCACUGGGUGAAGAGGUAACUAGAGCGUCGACAUGGGUAAAGAGAAGAUUCAUAUAAACAUCGUGGUGAUCGGCCACGUCGACUCGGGCAAAUCAACCACCACCGGUCAUCUCAUCUACAAAUGCGGCGGUAUCGACAAGCGUACAAUCGAGAAGUUCGAGAAGGAGGCUCAGGAGAUGGGCAAGGGCUCGUUCAAGUACGCCUGGGUAUUGGACAAGCUGAAAGCUGAACGCGAACGUGGUAUCACCAUCGAUAUAGCCCUGUGGAAAUUCGAAACGGCCAAGUACUACGUAACCAUCAUCGACGCACCUGGCCAUCGUGAUUUCAUCAAGAACAUGAUCACCGGGACGAGUCAGGCUGAUUGUGCCGUCUUGAUCGUAGCGGCUGGUAUAGGUGAAUUCGAAGCCGGCAUCUCGAAGAACGGACAAACGCGCGAGCAUGCUUUGCUAGCGUUCACACUCGGCGUGAAACAGCUGAUCGUCGGUGUGAACAAGAUGGACAUGACCGAUCCGCCGUAUUCGGAGAGCCGUUUCGAGGAGAUCAAGAAAGAGGUGUCGUCGUACAUCAAGAAGAUCGGUUACAACACCGGAUCGGUGGCGUUCGUGCCGAUUUCCGGCUGGCACGGUGACAAUAUGCUCGAACCAUCGCCAAAGACACCGUGGUACAAGGGAUGGAAAGUGGAGCGUAAAGAUGGCAACGCCGAUGGGAAAACCUUGAUCGAAGCGCUCGAUGCUAUACUGCCGCCGUCCAGACCUAUCAGCAAGGCUCUUCGUUUACCGCUUCAGGACGUUUACAAGAUCGGUGGUAUCGGUACUGUACCGGUCGGUCGUGUGGAGACCGGUAUUUUGAAGCCAGGUAUGCUGGUGACAUUUGCCCCAACAGCGCUCACCACUGAAGUAAAAUCGGUCGAGAUGCAUCACGAGGCGUUAACAGAGGCGUUGCCCGGCGACAACGUCGGCUUCAACGUGAAGAACAUCUCCGUGAAGGAGUUGAGGCGUGGUUACGUCGCUGGCGACUCGAAGAAUCAGCCGCCUCGAGGGGCGGCCGAUUUCACGGCUCAGGUGAUCGUUCUUAACCAUCCUGGACAGAUCUCCAACGGUUACACGCCGGUGUUGGACUGUCACACCGCUCAUAUCGCCUGCAAAUUCGCGGAGAUCAAGGAGAAAUGCGACCGUCGUACCGGCAAAACCACUGAGGAGAACCCGAAGAGCAUCAAAAGCGGGGACGCUGCUAUCGUGAUGUUGCAGCCCACUAAACCAAUGUGCGUCGAGGCUUUCCAGGAGUUUCCGCCGUUGGGUCGCUUCGCGGUUCGCGACAUGCGUCAGACCGUCGCCGUGGGCGUCAUUAAGAGUGUCACCUUCAAAGAUACCCAGGGCAAGGUCACAAAGGCCGCGGAGAAAGCCCAGAAGAAAAAGUAACCAUCAAGCUUCCUCGGAAGCUCGCAGUCCGCUGGCUGGUGCCCGACGAGCAUCUCCGCUAAGGGAUCCUCCGCUAGGAUGCAGUACGCCGCGGCUGCUCCACUCAACUCAUACUCAACUAAUAAUAAUAAUACCAAAAGUGAAAAGAUGUUGUGCUUACCCCCGUUACAUUAUCCGGUAGUAUUGAAUCCGCGCAUCUAUCCGAAUCUGCACAUUCAGUUCACCCACGCCCCGCGCACGCCCCACAUAUGCUAGGUGGAUUCUUACGUUUUUACUUACUCUUACAUUGACGAAUAUGUGUCCAAUUACAGGUAAACAACAUAUUAAAAGAAAAAAAGAAAAAAAACCGAAAAAAAGAAAACAUUUAAAAACAAAACAAUACUCAGUUCCCUUGAACUCUGUGUAGUUAGGUUUUUUCAAUUAAAUAUAACAAACAACAUUACACACCAAUGACCAGACGGGGAUGACGAUUAUAAACGACGACGUAUCGUGUGUGAAUCACAGCUUAUCACGCGAAACGAAUACAUACGAGGCAGCAGCUGGCCCACGAAUUAGCCUGAGAUUCCACCGCGAUUCCACCUGCAUUUUUCUCCAUACCGAGAGAGCGAGAGAGAGAGAGAGAGAGAGAGAGAAAGAGUUUACGUGAGACACGAGAGAACGUGCAGUACACACACAUAUACGCAUACAAACAUUCGUGAGAAAAAAAUAAGAAGAUCGCGACGUGUGAUCGGUGAAUAAUAAACGUCGCGAACGAAUAAUCACACAAUUAUCUAUGUUGGACGGACACACACAUGACUCUCCGCCCGCUGCUGCCUCGCAUCCCCGAUCUUUUUAAUCGAUUUCUUUUUGAAGGAUUCGUUAAAGGCUGAUUUGUUCAAAGACUUGGUUGCCUCGCUGCGAAUAAUUUUAUUACUUAUAUAAGAAAUGUAUUUAUCUCUAGUUAGGGAACAUUAGACUGUGCUCCCAAAUCCCUCUUUCGCGGCUC